UAUGACAUUGACAUAUCUUAACUCUCAUUGAUUUAAGUUAAAUAUUGAUAGGUAAUUUGUGUUGUAAAAUAUAACAAAUAUUUUGUAUAAACUUGUAAAAAAAUAUAUUUAAUACGAGUUCAAUGAAUAUUUUUUCAUAAUAUUUUAAUAAAUGCCCCAUAGAUGCGGGAUCAAUUCCCUAGGUUUAUGAUUUUACAUAGAAAAUAAUGUAUACUCCGAGACAGAAAAUAUUAUGGUUCGCAUUCAGUACCAGAGUUUUCAUAAUUUUUCUUCAAGCUGUAGCAAAUUUCAUAAUACCAGACCACGACGCAAAUGUAUUUAAAAGUCCCGAAGACGUAGCAUUGCGUAAAAACAAAGGGGAUGUGAUUAUUGAUGUACUACUUGGCGGUUUUAAAAGAUGGGAUGCCCAGUAUUUUAUACACAUUGCACAAUAUGGAUACACAUACGAAAAUUGUUUGGCAUUUUCUCCAUUAUUUCCAUUAGUAACGAGGUAUGUCGCCUUCAUUCUAAAUAGUAUAUUAGGCUCCUUUCUAAACUUCCAUAGUACUUUAUUGAUUUCAGCAACUGUUAUCAAUUUAUUAACAUUUAUCAAGUCAGCUGAUGUAUUACAUCGGCUAAGCGUGAGAAUAUUGAGAAGUGAAUGCAGAGCAUACAAGUCAGUUAUUUUGUAUUGUGUUAAUCCAGCUAGUAUAUUUUUUUCAGCACCUUACUCUGAGUCAUUAUUUGCAUUGAUGUCUUUUUAUACAAUGUAUAAAUGUACAGAAAAUGAAACUUUAAGGUUUGCUAAUAUAGAUAUAACAGCUGCAUUACCAGCUGGAUUCUCUAUGAUAAGUCGAUCAAAUGGUAUCAUUAAUUUAGGGUUUAUAUUAUAUGCUAGUUUCAAAAAUGUAAUAGAAAGGACAUUACCAGAAAUAAUGUACAAAUAUAAAACUUUAAGACAUAGAUUAAUUUUACCAUUUUUAGUUUUACCAUUAUUUACUUCUUGUGUAGCAUUAUUUUUGACUGUGGUUGUUGCAGUAAUUCCAUAUGUAUUAGUACAAAUUUACAAUUACUUUAAAUUUUGUGUUUAUAGUGAUCAUAAUUUACCAGAAUUCUUGACUAACACAGAAUUUAUAUUGCCAGGGACUGCUGAAAGUCCUUGGUGUAAUAGUUCAGUACCUGUUUCUUAUUCUUACAUUCAGAGUCAUUAUUGGGAUGUUGGUUUUUUAAGGUAUUAUAAAAUAAAACAAAUUCCAAACUUCAUUCUUGCCGCACCCAUUCUUCUUAUAACAUUAUAUCACUGUUUGUCAUACAUCAAAAAUAAUUUUAGAUUAUGUUUACGUCUAGGUUUAAAAGAAAUUGUAUUUAAUUUUGGAUAUUCAAGUAAAAUAAAUAAACUAAAACAACAUCCCAAAGGUUUUGGGGCCAAUGAUCCUAAUUUUUUUGUAUAUGUAAUACACGUAUUAUUUUUAAGUAUAUUUUGCCUCCUAUAUGUACAUAUACAAGUUUCAACAAGACUCCUAGCUUCUGCUAGUCCAAUUUUGUAUUGGAUAUGUUCUAAUAAAAUGAAUGUUGGUCCUACACCAACAUCAGACCAAAAUACUAUAAAUGAACAUUUUCGUCGAAUUGGUAUAGGGAAGAGAAUACCCUCUCACCAUUUAUCAAUAGCUAAUUUAGAAGGUGUUGACAAUAUGUAUAGUAAGUGGAAAACUUUUAUAAUAUCCAGGAGAAUGCCAGACUUUCAGUCUAGACUGAUACAGUGUUAUUUUCUGGGGUAUCUUUUUAUGGGUACAAUUUUGUUUUGUAAUUACUAUCCAUGGACUUAAAUGUCUAAUUCACAUUCUACAUUGAUCUCACAACAUAUCAUUCUUUCAAUUCAAUACUUAUUCAAUUAUUAUAAGAUUUCUUACAUAUCAUUACAUAUUUUUAUUUAAUUUUUAGAUUUAAGACAUAAAUAGUGAUGAUUACAUACUGUAGUAAUUUUAAUGAUAGUAGUACAAUUGUUAAAAAUCUCUUUGCUUGGAGUUUAAUAAUGCAUGGGGCCUUUUCAAAUGAGUCCAUUUUACAUUUUGACCUGAGGUUGUUACUUAUAUAAAAACUGCUUAGUAAAGUUUUAUAGAUAGACAAAGGGAAUUGGCUUUAUUAGCUAAUUUUGUUAUAAUAGAUUAAGUAUAAAAUUCUAGUCAUAUUUUGCUCUAGUAAUAGGAUUUGUAAAAUGAGGUGAUAAAACAUUUUGAAAAUAUUUUAAGCAUGUUAAUUAAAGCACAAAGCCAUAAUUAUGUAACACUAGUGUAAAAUGUAAUUUUUUUCUUUGUAUAUCUUCUUUCAAGAAUAUCUAAUUAAAUACCUGUCAGUUUUUCAAAUAUGUACGACUUAA